CAGCCACCCCUCUCCAUUCAACUUUCUUGAGAACAGAAUAACCAUGUCGGCCUCCAACCUUGUGGACUUUGAUGAGCAGAUGUUUGCGGACGUUGGGUUCAUCACUGCAAUGAACAUGGUGGUGAUGGGCAACUAUGCACAGACGGGCCACUUUGGAGGGCCGAUGUCGUACACGCCAGCCAACGUGGCGCUGCAUCUUGGCCUGCCGUCGAACGGUGCGCUCGGGUAUGACAUCCGCAACCCGAAGCAUCCGUUCUCCGACAAGUUCAUGCUCACCGGCGGGCACUGCAUCCCGACGUGCUACUCGCUGUGGAUGAUUCUGUACGAGUCGAUGGCACGCGAGCAUGCUGCGACGGGUGACGACACGUACAAGGUCGAUCCGGAGAUCGGCAUGUACGCCAUCGACGCGCUCGGCUUCCGGCGGUCGCCGGACGCGGUCAAGACUCUGCUGGAGGAUGCUGGUGUGGCAGACGAGCCGCUGUUUGAGCAGGCCAAGAUCCGCGGGAUCCGCGCGCUCAUGGGCCACUCGGAGACGACCGACGUGACCAACGACGUCAACGGCGGACCAUCAGGCGUGGGCGCGGCGACGACCGCGGGUAAGGCACUGUUCUGGGACGCGGCCGGCGCGCCGGACUCGCUCAAGAUCUGGGCGCUCGAAGGUGAGUUUGCCUUUACCGAGGGCCACGCCCAGGAGCUCAAGACGAUUGCGCUUGCGCAGCAGGUCGGCAAGCGUCUCCGCUUCUUCUUCUCGUACAACAACGCCGGCAUCGACGACGCACUGGUGGGUGGCGUGGUGCCGAGCGAGUACGCCGACUCGUACAACAUCGUGGAGCAGUUUACCUCGUACGGCUGGAACGUGGUCGAGCUUGUCGACGGCUCGUCGUACGCCGACCUGCUGGCCACGUUUAAGGCCAUGGAGGAGUCGGACCCUGCGGACCGCCGCCCGAUGGUUGUCAUUGCCCACACGGUGAAGGGCUGGUGGCCGGCAGCCAAGGACGGCAAGGUUGGCUCGACUGAGCAGAUUGUCUCGUAUCCGUCUCACCCGUACUCGAUGAAGAUGAACUCGGAGUACUUUGUGGCGCUUGCCGAGUCGUUCGAGGCCAAGUUUGGCGUCGAGUUUGUCGGCAUCCGUGACGCGCCGCCGGCCACCGAGGCCGAGCGCCUCCGGCAGUUCAAGACCAACAUCGACGUCUGCCUCUCGGUCCUCGACGCCAACGACGGCGCCAUUCGCAAGUGGAUCGCGCAGCGCCUCGUCCGCAUCGCCUCGGACUGGGAAGCCGCCACCGCGUCGUUCGAGACGACGCUUCGGCUGGCACCGGCGGCGGCCGACCCGUUCCUCGACGAGCGCCUCCUUGUGGACAACAUUCCGCUUGAGCCCGUUGAGCUCACCAUGGUCCACCCGGUGACCGGUGAGGAGAUGACUGAGACCAUCCGCAUGUCGCUACCGGCCGGAACCAAGAAGGGCACCCGCCGUGCCAUCUCCGAGUUUGGCAAGUGGAUCAACUACGUGACUGGCAACCGGUACAUGACCAUUGCCGCAGACCUCUCGAACUCGAUCAAUCUGGAGAACUCCAACUGGACCGGCCACUACUCGCCGGUGACCAACGUGGCCGGCACGCGCCUUAAGGCCGCCAUUCAGGAGGCCGGCAACGCGUGCACAGCGGCUGGCAUUGCGUCGCAGACGCUCUCGGCUGACCCGGCGGUCCACAACGGGUUCCACGCCGCCACUGGCACCUACGGUGCGUUUACUCCGCUAUUCUACCUCCCGCUUCGCAUCUUCUCGCAGCAGAACCAGGACUCGCCGUUUGCGCUCGGCACCGUCACCGUCAUCGCCGGCCACUCGGGCCCCGAGACCGCUGCCGACGCCCGCUCGCACUUUGGUGUCUACGCCCCCCAGUGCUGGCGCCUCUUCCCCAACGGCCACAUCGUUAACCUGUACUUCUGGGACUACAACGACGUCUGCCCGGGUUACUUUGCCGCCCUCAACAUGGCGCUCACCAACAAGAACACCUCGAUCAUUGCCGUCCACGUCGCCCGCCCCGACCUCGCCGUCGCCGACCGCUCCGCUUUUGCCGACUCCGACCCGCGCGCUGCCGCCAAGGGCGCAUACGUCAUUCGCGAGUACUCGGACAACGAGCCUCCCAUGGGCACCGUCCUCGUUCAGGGCUGCUCCUCAACUGUCAACCUGGUCUCGCUCAUCCCGCGUCUCGAGGCUGAAGGCAUCAACGUCCGCAUCGUCUCGGUCGUCUCGCAGGAGCUUUUCGACAUCCAGUCGGAGGAGUACCGCAACAAGGUCAUGCCGCUCGCCGCUCACUACGAUUGCAUGGUCGUGACCACCAUGACCAAGACCAUCUUCCCGCUCCGCAACCUCGGCCCGCUCACCACCGAGUACACCCUUGCCACUGACCACGACGACCGCUGGCGCACCGGCGGCCUCGAGCCUGAUGUCAUCGCCGAGGCCAAGCUCGACACCGAGUCUAUCUACGCCGGCGUUGUCCGCUUUGCCCGCGAUCGCGAGCUCCGCCUCGAGCGCCAGCGCUCCGCCUUUGCCGCCCUCGUUUAAUCCUUUCCAGUACGGAAUGGACAGUUUUUUCCCAUCGCGCAAGCCGCGCUCCGCGACGCUCCACAGACGUCGCAACGUCCAUGGAUUGUUGUAAAAGAGUAGCACAAUGUG